AUGCUGUUCGACGAAUCGCUUCUCCAUCCAAGCUCGUUGGUUCGUGCCUUGAACCAGUUGCUUAGCGUUGUGUCUCGCGCGAAAUGCUCGUCGUCAUCCAAGCUCGUUGUCUCCCACUUCAACGGAAUGCUCCGUGACUGCUCCAACAAGGUGGCACCCGACCUUUGCACCUACAGCAUCCUCAUUGGCUGCUUCUGCCGCAUGGGCCGUCUGGAGCAUGGCUUCGCCGCCUUUGGCCUCAUCCUUAAGACAGGUUGGAGGGUGAAUGGCAUAGUCAUCAAUCAACUGCUCAAGGGCCUCUGUGACGCCAAGAGGGUGGACGAGGCCAUGGAUGUAUUGCUCCUACUGAUGCCCAAAGUUGGAUGCACACCCAGUGUAGUUUCAUAUAGCGUAGUUCUCAAAGGUUUAUGCGAUGGAAAGAGAGCUGAGGAGGCACUUGAGCUGCUCCACAUGAUGGCUGAUGGUCAAGGUAGUAGCUGCCCUCCAAAUGUGGUGUCAUACACCACCGUCAUCAACGGUGUCUUUAGUGAGGGUCAGGUGGAUAAAGCUUACAGCCUGUUCCUUGAAAUGGGUGUUUCACCAAAUGUUGUGGCAUACAACACAAUAAUUGAUGGCCUUUGCAAAGCUCAAGCGGUUGACACCGCCGAGGGUGGCUUUCAGCACAUGAUUGAUAACGGUGUUAAGCCAGACAAUGUGACAUACAAUACAAUCAUUGAUGGCAUGUGCAAAGCUCAAGCGGUUGACAGGGCCGAGGGUGUCUUUCAGCAGAUGAUUGAUAAAGGUGUUAAGCCAGAUCAUGUGACAUACAAUACAAUCAUUGAUGGUUUAUGCAAAGCUCAAUCGGUUGAUAGGGCCGAGGGUGUCUUUCAGCAGAUGAUGGAUAAAGGUGUUAAACCAAACAAUGGGACAUAUAAUUGUCUCAUCCAUGGAUACUUCUCAACAGGACAGUGGGAAGAGGUGGUUCGAAGGUUUAAAGAGAUGCCCGCACGUGGUCUUGAGCCAGAUGUUUUUACUUAUGGUUUGCUUCUGGACUAUCUAUGCAAGAAAGGAAAUUGCAGUGAAGCUCAAAUUUUUUUUGAUUCUAUGAUUAGGAAGGGCAUAAAACCUAAUGUAACUAUCUAUGCCAUUAUGCUUCAUGGAUAUGGUAACAAAGGAGCUCUUUCUGAAAUGCAUGAUCUCCUGAGUUUGAUGCAGCAAGGUUUGAGCCCAGAUGUCGUCAAUUAUGGAGCAUUAAUAGAUGCACUUUGCAAGUUGGGAAGAGUGGAUGAUGCUGUGCUCCAAUUCAAUCAGAUGAUCAAUGAAGGAGUGACUACUGGCAAGGUUGUUUUUAGCUCCCUUGUGUUUAUGGACUCUGCUCUGUUGACAAAUGGGAGAAGAGAAGGGCGGGUUAUGGAAGCCCAAAGACUCAUUGACUCGAUGGUAUGCAUGGGUGUGAAGCCUGAUGUUAUCUCAUACACGACAUUAAUAGAUGGCCAUUGCUUAGCUGGUAGAAUGGAUGAAGCGGCAAAGUUACUUGACGGUAUGGUCUCAGUUGGCUUGAAACCUAACAUUGUUUCCUAUACAUUGCUUCAUGACUACUGUAAAGCUGGCAGGAUAGACAAUGCAUAUUGUCUUUUUCAAGAAAUGUUGAGGAAGGGAGUUAUUCCUGGAGUUGUGACUUACAAUACUAUACUGCAUGGUUUAUUUUGGACUAGGAGAUUUUCUAAAGCAAAGGAACUCUACCUCAAUAUUAUUAAAAGUGGAAAACAAUGGUCCAUUAGCACAUACAACAUAAUUCUAAAUGGACUCUCCAAAAACAAUUGUUUUGAUGAAGCAUUCAAAAUGUUUCAAAGCCUCUGGUCUAAGGAUCUUAAACUUGACAUUAUUACUUUCAACAUCAUGAUUGAUGCUUUGUUUAAAGGUGGCAGAAAGGAAGAUGCCACGGAUUUGUUCGCUGCUAUCCCUGCUAAUGGUUUGGUUCCAAGUGUUGUGACCUACCGCUUAAUGACAGAAAAUCUCAUAAAAGAAGGGUUGCUAGAUGAGUUCGAUGGUCUAUUUUCAGCGAUGCAAAAGAGUGGCUGUGCUCCAAACUCACAUGUGCUAAAUGCUAUAGUAAGGAGGCUGUUGCAUAGAGAUGACAUUAGUAGGGCUGGGGCUUACCUCUCCAAACUCAAUGAGAAGAACUUCUCACUUGAGGCUUCCACUACUUCCAUGCUUAUAUCACUUUUCUCGAGGAAGGAAUAUCAGCGCCAUGCAAAAUUCCUGCCUGAAAAGUAUCGUUUUGUCAAUGAAGCCAAUGAGUGUUGA